AUGGCUCUCUCAAUUCCCACUGUUGCAAAGGCUUGGAGGUAUCCUCCUAGUCGGCCAUCGUCGUGGAACGGCUACCAUAGCCUCGAGCUUCGCAAAGUUCUAAUUCCUGUACCUGGCAAGGGCGAGGUCCUGGUAAAGAUGCAUGCUGCUGCCUUGAAUAGUCGCCGGGGGACUUAUCCCCUGAAGGAAACUACCACGGGUUUCGAUGGCGGAGGGCUUAUCCCUGCUUCCGAUGGUGCUGGUGAGAUCCUUGCAGUCGGCGAAGGCGUAGCCGGGUGGGUCAUCGGAGAUCGCGUACACUCGCUCUUUAAUGAAGGCUGGGUUAGCGGGCCAAUUAAGCCGGAAUACGGGCCAAAAACACUAGGGUCAGAGACUCAGGGGUGUCUGACCCAGUACCGCAUAUUCCCAGCUGAAUUCAUACUUCCAAUUCCCGAUCACCUGUCGUAUGAAGAGGCUGCUUUGAAUGUAUGUGCUGGCAUGACAGCAUUCCAUGCAUUAUUCGAUAGCGGGAAGCAGCUUCCAAACUCAACAGUACUUGUGCUGGGAAGUGGUGGUGUUUCGGUGCUUGGCGCUCAGUUUGCCAAGGCUGCUGGUGCGCGCGUCAUUGCCACCACUUCCUCACAGGAAAAGGCCCAAAAGUAUAAGGAGCUCGGGAUCGAUCAUGUGAUUAACUAUCGAGAGACUCCAAACUGGGCGGAGGAAGUGAAGAAAUUGACCAAUGGCCAGGGGGCUGAUCAAGCGCUUGAGAUUGGUGGAAAGGGAACACUUAUGGAAGCAAUUAGGUCCAUGAAAGCGGGCGGGGUAGUUCAUGUGAUUGGCGUAUCCAGGGACGACACCCCGACCACUGGCUUUUUCGAUCUUACAGUUGCUCUCAUGUCAUCUGAAAUCAAGCUCAAUGGAUUGGUACCCGGAAGCAAAGACGUUGGGCAAAGACUCGACUCGUUCCUUUCUCAGCAUAAGCUCAAACUCUUUGUGGGCUCGAAGGUGUUCGGAUGGCAGGAAGCUAGAGAAGCCUUUGCUUAUCUCGAGAGCGGGGCACACUUUGGGAAAGUAGUAGUUAGGAUCGACUGA